AUGGUGGAGGGGCAGUCCGACAACGAAAUCGAGGUCGUGGACCCUCCCGUCACUGAACGAGCGCGCCCACGGCGGGGCACCUCUGCUGUCGGCAUUGAAGACAUGGCCGCUCAGCAGAAACAGCGCCGGACGGGCGAGCGCGUAAGCAAGCCUCCACAGUUCAGUACCAGGCGUUCCAGAUCGCCUGAUGAUGACCGGCGAGGCAGCAGCGUGCGCACUUCCGCGUCGAUCUCAGCCAAGAAAGACAAGCCUGGGAAGGCUAAGGGAAACGAGUCGCCGUUCAACAUUGCCGGACCCUCGCGCCCUCGUAGGGGGACUUCAAAGAAGGUCAGCUACUCUUCUCCUGUGAAGCGUAGCGACGACCACGAUGACCAGCAGCCAAACGCUGCGACCGAACCUCGCAGACGGACUCUGGACACUCAACCACAACGCCACAACGGAGAGCCGAGCUCGCCUACCUCCGCUCCCCAGCGUCGACGCGAGCUCGGCGACGAGAACGCUCUACCCUCCAACGCACGUUCCCAAAUGGAUUUCACCAGGCCGCGGAAUGCGGAAGCGUCGAGUUCGCGCAUCCGCCCCACUGCUUGCCCGUCUGGUGGCGGGCACAGCCUAGACUUAAUACAUAUUGGCGAUUCAGAUGACGGUGUUGACAACGACGAGAACCGCCCGCCGCGCCCACAGUUCAAUACCAGCAAGCAAUUCCGGUCGACAGUGUCUAUCGGUGCUACCGGUCCAGCAACCCCCAAGGGGAACGCGGUCGCGUCGUCUAGCCGAGGCACAGCUCGAGAACAACAGCCUAACGGCCAUCGACCAGACCGCGAGCAUCACCCAUCAUGGCCCUCUCACGAUGCCUCCAGCCAGGAGGAAAUUGAGCAGUUCUCAUCUCUCGAUUCUAGACUAACUCCACCCAAGGCCAAGGAGAAGGAGAAGGCUCUUCCAGAACCACAUGCUCCGCGCGCUCGGAAGCAGAUGCAGGACAAGAAUGGCAACACUCCCAUGCAGAAGAACCUCACUCGACGGUCGCAAUCGAAGCCUGUCUCGAAGACUCAGCAAAUCCCUUCUUCGAAACUGCGUCGACAUGUGCUGAAAUGCAUAGACGACAACUUCGUCCUGGACCUCUCUCUCGACCGCCAAGGAUUGAAGCAGUUGGAGCCCUUACUUGACGACUUUGGUUUAUCAAAGUCCGCCACAGAAGCCAGCGGGACCGCCUACACAGACAUCCGCGUUCUUUUCGUUAUGGAGGACGACCAAGAGCCCCGGCGAUUUCUCACUGCAAUGGCGGAAGCUGCGCCAGGCCUUGAGCACACGAUUGAGAACAAACUGCGUUCUGGGAUCGAUUUCCUCCACCACGGGGACUCGGAUAUGCGCCAGACGAAGGAGACGCCGGCUCAAUCUUCUCCUAUGGUGAAAGCUGCGGACGCUGCCAUGCGCCGACAAGGAGUGCUCUCGACUGGACGUCCCAAACCAGUCGGUGCCGUAGUCAAAACAACAGCUCAAAUGGAUUCACGGCAGACCACUUUAAAGCUACAAGGAACCCGCAAGAGCUCGAGGCUUGCGAACUCGGAUCGACCGACCAACAGGUACAACGAAUCUUCGCCGACGCCAGAGCAAGACGGGGCCGUUGUCUCGGUUCCUCCACCAGUCGACAAGAAGGAGUUCCUCUUCCAUCUCCAUGGCCUGGACAUCACAGCUGGAGAACGACAUCGGCUUGCGUCCAACGAUUUUCUCAAUGAUACGUUCUUGGAGUUUGGGCUGCGAUAUGUCCUCGACCAGCUGCGACCGGAGACGAGGGACGAGGUCCACUGCUUUAACUCGUUCUUUUACUCCAAGCUGUCGGACAAGUCGUCGAGGAAAUCUGCACCUUCAGACGUCUCAUGGGCGGGUUACGACGCCGUGAAGCGUUGGACAAGGAAGGUUGACGUCUUCAGCAAGAAGUUCAUCCUCGUCCCCGUCAACGAGUCGUAUCACUGGUACCUCGCUGUCAUUUACAACCCACGAGCAGCUCUCGACUUCGCGCGUGCCUCCAUGCCUUCGCUCACGGAUGCUCUGAGAGACGAUCUUGAGAGUCGGAGAUCUUCAACGUCUGCUGGAGGAGUGGCCUCAGGCGAUAACCGUGAAAGCGUCACGAGAGACGCGAGUCGGUCAUCCGGGGCAUGUACGCCUGACGGAGGACGCCCGGUUCCCACGCACAACGAGUACAGUUCAGACACCGAUCCGCUAAACAUCAUCGACCAGCCGGACGAUGAGCCCGAGGGCAAAGAGGAACGUGAUGUUGGAGAUGUGCGAGCUGGUGUCAACAAGUUGCAACUGGAGGCCGCUGUCCCACAGCCGAUACAGUCGGCAACAUUCGAUCUCUUCACCGAACAGUCGUUUGGCGACAUGGGGACUGGUGCCAAUGCCAAGGAAUCCACGUCCCGAGUGUCAUCGCCUCCGCCUGCCAAGAAGGGGAGGAAGCCUCACCGCCCGGAUUACGACAUCCUGGGCACUCACGAGACAUGGAUCUUCACACUCGAUUCCAUGGGUAACAGCAGACACCCAUCUGUGGGUAAGGACCUCAUGAGGUGGCUCCGCUUCGAGGCGCGGGACAAGCUCAAUGAAGACGUGGACUCGGCGACAGUCCACUACUUCGAGGGCAAGUGCCUGGACCAGCCCAACUUCUUCGACUGUGGCCUCUAUCUCAUCCACUUUGCAAAGCAGCUUCUACUCAAGAGCGACGACGUCCUUCGCUUCAUCGGCGGUGCGCCGAGGCCUGCUGGGAUCGAGGGUCACGUGGAAUGGGAGCUGAAGAAGAAUGAGGUAUGGGCCGCACACGAGCCGAGCACAUUGCGGCGGGAUUGGAUUGAGAUCAUCGAUGUCCAGACUCAGACGUAUCGCAGUCUCAACGACACGGCGACGACUGGCCAGGCUGUACAGGGCCCCGGCCCACCCGCGUCUCAGCUCUCCGUCCAAGCCCUCUCCCAGGUACCACCACCGCCUGAAGCACAUGCACCAUCGGUAGCGCCGACUCAGACUCUUGACCCUGAGACCUCGGCGGGCCACACAGGCAGUUCUACGCUCGCCUCAACUUCUGUCUACACGCGGCUGCCAGCGCCUUUGUCUCCGUCACCCGUGAGGGAAGAGAGUGAGGUCGCCGCGCACGGCGACAGCUUUCGAGACCCAAGUUCCUCAGCCGGCAUCCUUUGCGUUGGGGCGCAGGACAAACCCGAUGACGAACCCGUUCCGAGGCCUCCCGUGUCGCACUGCAUUAGCAACUCCGACGAAGAGGAGGAGGAGAUCGAGGAACGCCAGGGCGGCGACGGCCUUGAGGGCCAUGGCCGCGCCAGUCCCAAGAAUGACGAGGACGACGAAUCAAAGCAUGAGGAGAUUGGCCGUGAGACUCAAGCAGCAACAGACAUUGUCAAGUUUCAUGAUCGGUUUAAGCAAGCCGAUGAGGAACCACCGAACCAGUUGCACGACUGCGAUGGUGGUGAUGGCGAUGAUCUCUGCCGCCGGGCCAUAAUCGACCCGAACAUGCAAUCCCCUACGAGAGAUGGUACCCCUUCCAUGUGGCCGGGCUGGGCCUCAAACUUGCCCGUCGCUUACCCCGAUGAGGAGAUGGACGUUGAUCAAGCCAGAGGCUCCGAAAUCGAUCCCUCGACAACACCAGCCUCUCGCACCAUCCUGUCUCCCAGCGCCAUCGACCCUUUUGCGGACUUGGGCACCUCCGAGCCUAUCCACCGACUAUCGGGGGGAGGCGGCCGAGCAGACCCGAGACGCUCUUCAACUGUGUGCGCUGAGCGCGGCACCACUUCUCAACCGCACCCGUCGGAGGCCGAAGUCCUCGUGGCAGCUUCGAGCUCACAGAGUAAGUCGCCGCCUUCCGGAGCACAUGAUAGCGGGAGCUCGUUGGCCGCGGUGUCCGCCUCUCAGCUGGGCGAAACGCCCACGUACAACCCCUACCGGAUGAACUACAAGCCGCCCGACCAACCAGCUCCUUCUGCGGAUGUCAUCUCCGUCGACGAUGAUUCCCCAGACGACAGCCGUGCUGGCCCAGCAACCUCGCGCCGUCAGAACACGGAGCGGCGGGACUCGCAGCGCGCCCUUCGCUUGCAAGAGGUAUCAAAUGACAGCCCUGGACCUCACCGCCCCACAACUCGGCGCGCGAACCGCCGCCUAGUCCCGGCCUCAUCUGACGAGGAGGUGUGCGCUCGAUCCAACCCUCCUCGCGGCGCCAGCCAGCGGCGUGCCUCGACUGCGCAUGACGUUAUCCUCAAGAGCGGCGACGGUGUGCUCGGUGACUCUGAGGGGUCCGACCACGAGCCGGUACCGGCUCGAGCCGCCAAACCUCGGAGCAAGCCGACGCCGACAGUUAAAGCGAACGGCAAGGCGAUUGAGGCUCAGCCAGAGAUGCGUGGGUCCGCGGCCUCGCCGGUUGUCGUUACCGACGAGGACUGCGAAGACGGGGAACCCGCUGCUGGUCCGUCUGACCGACCAGAGCGCGAGGUAUCACUCGAACCAAUGAGGCCUAAGCGUCGGCCGACCAAGACAUACGCACACGGUGCAGUAGGCAAGAACAAGAGGAGGAAGACAGUGCAAGGUGAGACAGGCCAACAGAAGAUCCUCAGCUUCUGGGCCCCAAACGAGGCUGGAAUCCAAAGUGAGAAGCGAGGCAGGUCCGCCGAGGACCCGUACCUCCUCGACGACGAGUAG